AUGGCGGCGGUGAUUAUCGACGAGGGACUGGCGGCGGAGGUGGCGGCGCGAGAGCAGACGGACAAAUGGAAGGUGAGGAGGAGUGAUCGACCCUCCACUCCUUCCCCUCACCCAGCACUCUUUCCCCUCACCCAGCACUCCUUCCCCUCACCCAGCACUCCUUCCCCUCACCCAGCACUCCUUCCCCUCACCCAGCACUCCCAUUCCCUCACCCAGCACUCCUUCCCCUCACCCAGCACUCCUUCCCCUCACCCAGCACUCCCAUUCCCUCACCCAGCACUCCUUCCCCUCACCCAGCACUCCUUCCCCUCACCCAGCACUCCUUCCCCUCACCCAGCACUCCUUCCCCUCACCCAGCACUCCUUCCCCUCACCCAACACUCCUUCCCCUCACCCAGCACUCCUUCCCCUCACCCAGCACUCCCAUUCCCUCACCCAGCACUCCUUCCCCUCACCCAGCACUCCUUCCCCUCACCCAGCACUCCUUCCCCUCACCCAGCACUCCUUCCCCUCACCCAGCACUCCCAUUCCCUCACCCAGCACUCCUUCCCCUCACCCAGCACUCCUUCCCCUCACCCAGCACUCCUUCCCCUCACCCAGCACUCCUUCCCCUCACCCAGCACUCCUUCCCCUCACCCAGCACUCCUUCUUCUCACCCAGCACUCCCAUUCCCUCACCCAGCACUCCUUCCCCUCACCCAGCACUCCUUCCCCUCACCCAGCACUCCCAUUCCCUCACCCAGCACUCCUUCCCCUCACCCAGCACUCCUUCCCCUCACCCAGCACUCCUUCCCCUCACCCAGCACUCCCAUUCCCUCACCCCUCCCUACGCUCCUCCCCCCACCCGCGCCCCUCCCCUCCCCUUUCCCUCCCCACUCCCCCCCCAUUGCCCCCUCCUCCGCCAGGCCUUGGCGGAGGAGCUGCGCCUGGAUGCGGCGUCCGCGCUGGCGCUGGCCAUGGAGGAGUUCGAGGAGGUGCAGAGCGGUACCGGGGUGGCGGCAGCGGAGAUGUCCGUGCUGCUGUGCACGGACGCUUGUAUCAGGGAGCUCAAUAACGAGUGGCGGGGUGUAGAUGCGCCCACGGACGUGCUCUCCUUCCCCCAAGACCAGCCUCCGGGACUCUCCCCUCUGCUUUUGCUUCUUGCCUCUGUCUCAUCCUCCCACACGCCCGCCUUUCAGCCUCGUUCAUCCCGCCUUUCGGCCUCGUUCAUCCCGCCUUUCGGCCUCGUUCAUCCCGCCUUUCGGCCUCGUUCAUCCCGCCUUUCGGCCUCGUUCAUCCCGCCUUUCGGCCUCGUUCAUCCCACCAUUGCCUAG